CGUUGCCCCCGGGGCGCGCUGCUGUGGCACCUCAGAGCCCUGGCUGCAGCCAAGAUGCUUUGGGUAGCUCCCUGCUAGCUAGGAUGCCCGCCCAGUGGGUUUUGCACCCCCAGACCCGGUCUUGGUGGCCACAACUGUAUGUGCCAGGGUCUGGCCUCCCUUGUGGGUGGCAGGGCAUUCAGUGAGCGAUCAGAUCUGAAUUCUAAGCGCCAUGGACGACAGCAUUGGGGUGCAGCCCCCUUCUGGAGAGCUGCUGGGUGAUGAUCUGGGCACCGCAGGAGCUGUCCAAAAGAAAUGCGAAGCAGAAUCCUUGAGGUCCCAGAGUUUACCCGUUUUGAACAACGCCUCUUGCCACUCAAACCCGAGUCCGGAUGCCAAGACAAGCUGCGAGGAGUCUUUGGACCACCCGGAGGAGUGGGAGUCGAAGCAAGGCCCCAGUGGGGUGAGCCCUAGCCCCUCUGUCCUGUGCUCUCCGGCAGAGAUGGUAGGGCUUGCAGACUGCAACAUGAGCAAAGCUGUGUCGGUGUCCUCGGCCCUGGCCAAGUUGCAGGGAAGAAGGUGCUUCUAUGUGGUCCUCACGGAUUCCCGUUGUUUCUUGGUGUGCAUGUGUUUUCUGACCUUCAUCCAGGCCCUGAUGGUCUCCGGCUACCUGAGCAGCGUCAUCACCACCAUAGAAAGGCGCUACAGUCUCAAAAGUUCGGAAUCCGGGUUGCUAGUCAGUUGCUUUGAUAUCGGCAGCUUGGUGGUGGUGGUGUUCGUGAGUUACUUUGGGGGCCGGGGUCGUCGGCCACUGUGGUUGGCUGUGGGGGGCCUUUUCAUCGCCCUGGGCGCUGCCCUCUUUGCAUUACCUCACUUCAUCUCUCCUCCCUAUCAAAUCCAAGAGUUGAAUGCCUCGGCCUCCAACGACGGCCUGUGUCAGACUGGCAACCCCAGGGGGGCUUUGGAGCCCCCUGACUGCCUGAAGGACUCAGGAGGAAACAGUCACUGGGUCUAUGUGGCUUUAUUCAUUUGUGCUCAGAUCCUCAUCGGAAUGGGCUCCACACCCAUUUAUACCCUGGGACCAACUUACUUAGACGACAAUGUCAAGAAAGAAAAUGCAUCUUUGUACCUAGCCAUCAUGUACGUCAUGGGAGCCCUGGGCCCUGCGGUGGGCUAUCUGUUAGGUGGACUUCUUAUUGGUUUUUAUGUUGAUCCCAGAAAUCCCGUUCACCUUGACCAGAAUGACCCUCGUUUCAUUGGAAACUGGUGGAGUGGAUUCCUCCUUUGUGCCAUUGCAAUGUUUCUUGUGAUAUUCCCAAUGUUUACUUUUCCAAAAAAGCUUCCUCCUCGACACAAGAAAAAGAGGAAGAAAAAAUUUUCUGUUGACGCCAUUAGUGAUGAAGAUGUUAUGAAAGAGAAGUCAAACAAUAAUGAACAAGUGGACAAAAAAGUUUCUUCUAUGGGAUUUGGAAAGGAUGUCAGAGACCUACCAAGAGCAGCUGUCAGGAUCUUAAGCAACAUGACAUUCCUUUUUGUGAGUUUGUCAUAUACAGCUGAGAGUGCCAUUGUAACUGCUUUCAUUACCUUCAUUCCCAAGUUCAUCGAGUCACAGUUUGGUAUUCCAGCUUCCAAUGCCAGCAUCUACACUGGUGUUAUCAUUGUCCCCAGUGCUGGUGUUGGAAUUGUCCUGGGAGGCUAUAUAAUAAAGAAACUGAAACUUGGUGCCAGAGAAUCUGCAAAACUAGCCAUGAUCUGCAGCGGUGUGUCCUUAUUGUGCUUCUCCACCCUUUUUAUUGUUGGAUGCGACAGUAUUAACCUUGGAGGCAUCAACAUCCCUUAUACAACAGGACCUUCUCUCACCAUGCCUCAUAGGAAUCUGACAGGAAGCUGCAAUGUUAAUUGUGGUUGUAAAAUACAUGAGUAUAAACCAGUCUGUGGAUCAGAUGGAAUCACAUACUUUAACCCUUGUCUGGCUGGCUGUGUUAACAGUGGCAAUUUAAGCACUGGGAUAAGGAAUUACACAGAGUGCGCCUGUGUUCAAAGUCGUCAAGUCAUCACUCCUCCCACCGUGGGACAGCGCAGCCAGCUCCGUGUGGUGAUUGUGAAAACAUAUCUUAAUGAGAAUGGCUAUGCUGUAUCUGGCAAGUGUAAACGUACCUGUAACACCCUCAUCCCGUUCUUAAUUUUUCUAUUCAUCGUCACCUUUAUCACAGCAUGUGCCCAACCUUCAGCCAUCAUAGUCACACUCAGGUCUGUGGAAGAGGACGAGAGACCUUUUGCACUGGGAAUGCAGUUUGUCUUAUUGCGAACACUUGCAUACAUUCCUACUCCCAUCUACUUUGGAGCAGUCAUUGACACCACAUGCAUGCUCUGGCAACAGGAAUGUGGAGUGCAAGGAUCCUGCUGGGAAUAUAAUGUAACGUCCUUUCGUUUCGUCUACUUUGGUUUGGCGGCUGGCCUCAAAUUUGUGGGCUUUAUUUUUAUUUUUCUAGCUUGGUAUUCCAUUAAAUACAAAGAGGAUGGCCUGCAGAGGCAGAGAUGGAGAGAAUUUCCUCUGAGCACCGUGAGUGAAAUGGUGGUCCACACUGACAGUUCUAAUAAGUAUGCUCGGACUAGAUCAUGUCCUGCUUUCAGCACCCAGGGGGAAUUUCAUGAAGAAACUUGUCUGCACAAAGGGAUCCAGUACCUAGCACAGACCUAUCCAGGGCCCUUCCCAGAAGCAAUAACUUCCUCCUCAGAUUUGAGGCAGGAAGAAUGCCCUGCAGCCAUGUAGCAUCCCGCUGGAAGUCUGAAAAUGGAAGACUUGCGUUUUGUUGGUUGAGUUGAGUAAUAAUAUGGCGACUUGAGAAACACCGUGCCUUCUUUUCUUUUUUUAACCUCAAAGGACACAAUCCUCAAACCAACGAAACUUAGAACACACAGCCACACUUGAUUGAGGGCUGGAUACCUCAAUAAGACUGAGAGCCUUCCCCACCUCCUUUCUCCAAAGAGGAGAGGCAGUUAGAUAGAUUUGUUACCAUUCAUGCUAUGAUAAUUCAAUGCUCCUGCUCUCAUAGGGGAUGAGGCUAGGGUACAUCAUGAACGGAAUCAUGGGAAGUGUAAUGGCAGCAUAUACCAUUAACAGACACUCCUUACCAAGGUGACCUUGACCAUGACUUUUCAUAUACAAAUGAAAGUUUUUAA